AUGUUCUCCAAGUCAAUUGUCGCCUCGGCCCUGCUUGCAGGCGCUGCUUACGCUGCCCCUGCUUCUCAGUCGCAGGGUGUCUACGCCUCCCAGGCCUCGUCUGAGUACGGCAGCCAGGUUCCCGCCUACACUGGUGCCGAUGCUCCUUACAAGUCCGACGCUGCCUCUGUUGACCUCGAGAACGUUGCCACCUCUUUCGGCACCAACUCUGCAGUCAACGCCAUCGCUACUGCUGCUCCCAACGGCACCGCUUCUGGAGCUGGCUACCCUCUCCGCAGCAGCGAUGUUACUGGUUCGACUACCCACGGCCCUUACAGCGGUGUUCCCACCACUGUCGGUGCUGUCACCACUGUCACCCAGGGCCUGACCGUCCCUACCCUCCCCCUUAACCCUACUGCCACCUACUACAACACCGAUGGCAAGCUUACCCAGCCCGAGCCCGCUCCUUACACCCCCGCUGGUGGUCUUGGUACCAACGGUUCUCUUCCUCGCUACAUGGUUGAGUCCGACUUCGACUAUGAAUCCAUCACCCUUGGUCUCUACCAGGAGUGGAUCGAGCUCGACACCUUCAACAACGGUCUCGCUACCUUCUCCGAGGAGGACUUUAUCGCUGCCGGUCUCACUGCUGAGGACCGCGAGCUCAUCCGCUUCAUGGCCCAGCAAGAGGAGGGCCACGCUACUCUUCUGACCAACAUGCUCGGCCACACCGCACCUCCCCAGUGCACCUACAAUUACCCUUACACCACUGUCCGCGAGUUCCUCGACUUCAACCAGAAGCUCACCCGCUUCGGUGAGUCUGGCGUCUGGGGUUUCAUUAACCACCUCGACAGCCGUGAGGUCGGUCAGCUCCUUGCUCAGUCCAUCGCCACCGAGGCCCGUCAGCAGAUGGCCUUCCGCCAGAUGAGCGGUCUCUUCCCCAUGCCCGUCUGGUUCGAGACCGGUAUUCCCCAGUCUUGGUCGUGGUCUCUCCUCGCUCCUUACAUCUCUUCGUGCCCUGCCAACACCACUCGUCUCGCAUGGCAGAACUUCCCCGCUCUCCACAUUGUUAACCAGCCCAACAUCAACCGCUGGUCUGCCAACGAUACUGCCGCAUUUGAGGUUACCGGUAACCGCACUUCUGACCCCAGCAUCUCCACCAUUCCCGAGGAGGAGAGCUGCCAGCACUCNCUGAACGUCACCGGCUACGGCUGUGGCCCUGCCAUCUCNCGCAACCGUUCUGAGCCUCUUUCCUUCCCCGGCAAGCAGGUUAACUUCACCUGGGACGCUCCCGGUCUUGCUGUCGGUCCCAACAACAGCUACGUCACCGCUGUCAACCCUGUCGCUGGCGAGCCUCAGUUCGUUGCCUGGGCUGCUCAGCUCAACUUGACCUACACCCCUCUUAUCAAGACUUCGAACAACACUGGUUACACUUACCAGCCCGCUGGUGAGGUCUACGGUGGCGGUGCNCCUGUUGUCAACGGUACCAUGUUCGUCGCUCUUACCGACACCGACAUGUUCUUGACCCCCUUCAACCUUUCCAUGAUCAACCCUCACGUUAUCGCACUGGGCUUGUACCAGAGUGGUUAA